CGACGUUUAAUAAGCUCAAGCCGCUUCUCUCUCUCUCUACAUCUCUGAAAUGGCGAGAGUACUGCGUGUGGCGAGAUCCUCCUCCCUCUUCAGCUUCGGAAGCAGAUCUUACUCCACCUCAGCCGAAGCUAGCCACGCGUCCUCUUCUUCUCAUCCGUUUCUUAGCAACGGUGGAUCUCGCAAGGACGUUACGAAGGAGAGAAACGUGCAGUGGGUGUUUUUGGGAUGUCCCGGUGUCGGAAAAGGCACUUACGCUAGCAGACUCUCGAGUCUUCUCGGUGUUCCUCACAUCGCCACAGGAGAUCUUGUCCGUGAGGCGCUUUCUUCUUCCGGACCUCUCUCCCAACAGCUCUCAGAGAUUGUAAACCAAGGGAAACUGGUUUCAGAUGAGAUCAUAGUGAACCUAUUGUCAAAGAGACUUGAAGCUGGUGAAGCCAAAGGUGAAUCAGGUUUCAUUCUUGAUGGCUUUCCUCGUACCAUGAGACAAGCUGAAAUACUAGGAGAUGUCACUGACAUUGAUCUAGUGGUGAAUCUGAAGCUACCUGAGGAGGUUUUGGUUGAUAAAUGUCUAGGGAGGAGAACAUGUAAUCAAUGUGGUAAAGGUUUCAAUAUAGCUCACAUCAACUUAAAAGGUGAGAAUGGGAAACCAGGAAUCAGCAUGGAUCCACUUCUACCUCCACCUCAAUGUAUGUCAAAGCUCGUCACUCGUGCUGAUGAUACUGAAGAGGUUGUGAAAGCUAGGCUUCGUAUUUACAAUGAAACCAGUCAGCCUCUUGAAGAAUACUACCGUAGCAAGGGGAAGCUUAUGGAGUUUGACUUACCUGGAGGCAUCCCUGAGUCAUGGCCAAGGCUAUUAGAAGCCUUGAGGCUUGAUGAUUACGAGGAGAAACAAUCUGCCGCGGCAUAGUUCAACUCUGGUAUUUAUAAUUCUUUGCAUGUGGAAGACAUAUGCCUUAAUCAGUUUUGUGUUGGAAAUAAAGAAAACUUUAGAUUGUUUUUUUUAUUGCCUCAGAUCAGAAUAAUAAUCAUACACAAAUUGCAAACUGUAAUGAUGUAUCAUGAUUGUUUUAUGAGUUUGCUAGUUACAGGAAUGUAUUAACACUUCUACACUACUGCUUGGUACACAUCAGGUUUUGAUUAUUUAUUGUUGAAUGUGAUCAUGAUUGUUUAUGAGUUUGCU